CGCCUCCCGGGCGCCAUGGCUGAGAAGCGAGUGGACGGAGCUGGGGAGCCGGUGGCCUCCAAAGCAGGGGCUGAGGGGACCUCGGAGUCCGGGGACUACGACAGCACCUGCGUGUUCUGCCGCAUGGCGGCGGGGAAGGAACCCGACACUGAACUCUUGCACUGCGAGGAUGAAGACCUAAUUUGCUUCAGAGAUAUCAAACCAGCUGCACUUCAUCAUUAUCUUGUGGUGCCAAAGAAGCAUAUUAGAAAUUGCAAGGAACUAAACGGAGAUCAAAUAGAAAUGGUUGAGAGCAUGGUAGCUGUUGGCAAAGCUGUCCUUGAGAGGAAUCAUUUCACCGAUUUUACAGAUGUGAGAAUGGGUUUCCAUAUGCCACCAUUCUGUUCCAUUUCUCAUCUGCACCUUCAUGUCAUAGCACCAGUCAAACAGUUUGGCUUCUUAUCAAAGUUGAUUUACAGACCAGAUUCUUACUGGUUUGUCACAGAAAUAAAGUCUUUACUAUCACUGUUUGGAGGCCAGUUCACUAACAAUCAUGAAACUUAUGGAAAGUCUCCAUUUUGGAUUCUUAGCAUUCCCUCUGAAGAUAUUGCAAGAAACUUAAUGAAACGGACAGUAUGUGCCAAGUCUAUAUUUGAACUAUGGGGUCAUGGAAAAUCUCCUGAGGAGCUGUAUACUUCUCUUAACAAUUACCCUGUGGAGAAGAUGGCUCCAUUUCUGCAUUCAGAGUCUACAUAUAAAAUAAAGAUUCACACGUUUAAUAAAACAUUGACGCAAGAAGAAAAAGUCAAACGAAUAGAUGGCCUUGAAUUUCUACCAUUUGAAGGAAAAGUGAACUUAAAGAAACCACAGCAUGUAUUCUCAGUUUUGGAGGACUAUGGUUUGGAUCCAAACCACAUCCCGGAGAGUCCACAUCAUAUUUAUUUUGGUAGAUGGAUUGCAGAUGGGCAAAGAGAGCUAAUUGAGUCAUAUAGUGUCAAAAAGAGACAUUUUAUUGGAAAUACGAGCAUGGAUGCUGGUUUAUCAUUCAUCAUGGCCAACCAUGCAAAAGUGAAAGAAAACGAUGUUGUCUUUGAUCCAUUUGUUGGAACAGGUGGCCUCCUGAUAGCAUCUGCUCACUUUGGUGCAUAUGUGUGUGGGACGGACAUAGACUACAACACGGUUCAUGGCUUGGGAAAGGCAAGUAGGAAAAAUCAGAAGUGGCGAGGACCAGAUGAAAAUAUCCGGGCAAAUCUUCGUCAGUAUGGCUUAGAGAAGUUUUACCUUGAUGUCUUGGUUUCAGAUGCCUCUAAGCCUUCCUGGAGGAAGGGAACAUAUUUUGAUGCAAUCAUCACAGAUCCUCCCUAUGGUAUCAGAGAAUCUACAAGAAGAUCAGGUUCACAGAAGGAAAUACCAAAGGGAAUCGAAAAAUGUCCAGAAAGCCACGUUCCUGUCUCCUUGAGUUAUCAUCUGAGUGAUAUGUUUUUUGACCUGUUAAACUUUGCAGCUGAGACCCUGGUACUGGGUGGAAGACUAGUCUAUUGGUUACCAGUAUACACACCAGAGUACACUGAAGAGAUGGUGCCCUGGCACCCUUGCCUGAAACUUAUUAGCAAUUGUGAACAGAAGCUUUCCAGUCACACAGCCAGGCGCUUGAUCACAAUGGAAAAGGUGAAAGAAUUUGAGAACCGGGACCAGUAUUCACACCUGCUGAGUGAUCAUUUUCUGCCAUACCAAGGUCAUAAUUCCUUUCGUGAGAAAUACUUUAGUGGUGUAACAAAAAGAAUUGCCAAGGAAGAAAAAUCAAGCCAAGAAUGAAAAUUAUGUUGACAAUCAAGAAAGAAUAAGCAUUUUAUGGAAAAGACUUUUGGAUGUGAAUUUGUGUGUUUGAUCUGGAAGACCUGUGCUGAUUUAAAAUUUUUAUAUAAAUAACUGCUAUAAAUCAAAAUUGAAUAAUUUCAAAAUGGUCUUUGUUUUAGAGACUAUUUUGAUAUGUCUUUUGAACCUUGUUAAAUUUCAGGGACAGAUACAUAUAGAUGGACUCAGUGUUUAUAUUUUUUACAAAGGAAAUAUUGUUAACUUUUUAGUCAUAUCUCCCAGGUAUAUAAUAGGCAAUUAAGAGUGAUUUAGAAUAUUUUCAUUUUGUAAAUUUGCUUGGUUUGGUUUUUAGUUGUAUCUGUUUUCACUGUCACCAA